GAUAUCUCAAGAGCUGUAAAACACUCCAAUAAGAAAUUUAUUAAAAUUGACAAACCUCCUGUAUGCCAAAAAUUACUAGAGAAUGGCAAGAAGUAUAGGCUGGUUUGUGAGCCCGAAGCUGAAAUCACUCCGGAGGAAAUUGAAUUUGUGGACGGUUCUCUCUUGAAACUCAAAAGUUACAUUGAAGUCUAUUUGGAGAAACCUGACGACUUCACUUUGUCUUUGAUUGAGCUGGAAUCUGAGGCGACCGUCUGGAAAGCAAAGUUGAGAGAGAGUGACUGGAUCCACUAUGAUCAGAACAAAAACGAGCAGAAAAGAAGCGGAGUCAGCCUCAAGAAACGGAAACCAACCCUCAACAUCUUGGAAGAAGAGAAGCUGUGUAGCAAAAAGCAAAGGAUGGGCAAUACAACAGAUGAAAUUGAAACCAAAAACUUAACCGAUCAACAGCUGAUGGUGAUCGCCAAGUUGUUUGGUAGGCAGUGGAGAGAAAUUGCCAUUGAGUGUCUUCAGAUGGAAAUGAAAGACAUCGAGCAGAUUCAGGCAACGGAGGAAGAAGUUAAUAUGCAAAAAUUCCUGGUGCUGAGCAAGUGGAGAGACAGAGAGCAAAGCAACGGAACUGCAGCAGCUUUGUACAGAAGCCUCCAUGAAAAAGCCUCCUAUGAGAUACUGGAAACCCUGCAAGGUAUCUCCUCCCCGUUGUAG